CGACUUUUGACCUCAUGAGGCUGGGAAGUCGAAUUUUAAUGUAAACCUGCAAGCGUUAUAAUCUGAAUUUACAGAUCACAUUUUGAUUUUUAAAAGAUGGAUGCUGCAACAGAAUUACAUUCUGUUGGAAACAAAGGCGAUGAAGUAGCGCCCAUAAAGGAGGAGGCAACUGCGAAGGAAGCCGAUGUCAGCACAGUGAAGAUACUGGGUGAUACAAACAGCAAAGGCAUCAUCUCUCUGAUCCCAGUAAAACCAGGCUACGCUUGUAUCAAGAGACAAUACAUAGCCACAAAACAAGCUGUGCAACCGCAAGUACAAGUUGAAUCAGCUACAGAUGGGGAACCAUUGGCCAAGAAACAGAAACUGAAAGGUUGCAAUAAAAGCAGACCACGCAACAAACGCGUAGAGCCAGCAGAUAAAAUGUGUCCAGCAAUCGUCAAAGAAGAACCUUGUGCAUAUGGCGACUCGUGCAAAUUUCAGCACGAUGUUGCCAAGUUUGUAAGCUCCAAAAUACCAGACAUUUCCGACGACUGUUACAUGUUUAAGACUUACGGCAAGUGUCCCUGUGGAGUUCGGUGUAGGUUUUCCAGCUGUCAUUUAGACGAAAAUUAUAAAAACAUCGUCAAUGAGGAACUGUUUGAGAAAACGUCGCUGAAAGAUCAGACACUGAAUACAUUAACGAAAGACCUGCAGAAGCUGCUGUGGAAGAAGAAGUACAACUUCGACAAAGCCGAUUUGGUUAUUUCGAAGAACUUUCAGUGCAUGACGGUUGACGAGAAGGUUCAGAGUGGUCUGUGGGAGGUGAAGUGGGACGACGGACACCUGAGAUGUUUGUCGGUGGUCGACUUGAAAAAUCAAAACAUCGGACAGAUUGCAGGAAAGCCUGUGGGAUGCAUUACCAACGAAGAUGUGAUCAAGUUACGUCCUUCGGAAAAGAAAACGAUAGACUUUGCUAAGAAACUCUACUUGGCACCUUUAACAACAGUGGGCAAUCUACCAUUCCGAAGAUUAUGCAAAAAAUAUGGUGCUGACAUAACGUGUGGAGAAAUGGCGAUGGCAACCAACAUACUACAGGGCAAGCAGUCCGAGUGGUCUCUGAUAAAACGUCAUUCUUCCGAAGACAUCUUUGGGGUUCAGUUAUGUGGAGCGUUUCCUGAUACGAUGACCCGAUGUGCUCAACUGCUGAAUGAAACGGCACAGAUAGAUUUUCUUGACAUCAACCUGGGCUGUCCCAUAGAUCUGGUUUACCAAAAGGGAGCUGGAUCUGCCUUGCUGGACAAACCGAACCGGCUUGAGAAAAUAGUGACUGGUAUGACAUCCGUUCUUGACGUGCCGCUGACGGUGAAACUGAGGACGGGCAUCUCCAAUUACAAGAACGUCGCUCAUCACCUGCUGCCCAAGCUACGCGACUGGGGAGUGUCAUUAGCUACAUUACAUGGGCGAUCAAGAGAACAGCGGUACACUCGUCUAGCUGACUGGGAAUACAUCAAUUACUGCAGCCAGGUGGCAGAACCUAUGCCCUUCUUCGGUGGUGGAGAUAUUUUGUCUUAUGAAGAAUACUACAGUAAUCUUGAUCAAACUGGUGUGUCUGGUAUUAUGAUUGGAAGAGGGGCUCUGAUCAAGCCGUGGAUAUUCACUGAGAUCAAGGAGCGGCGACACUGGGACAUCUCGUCCUCAGAGAGACUCGACAUUCUUAAGGAUUACACAAACUACGGGCUGGAACACUGGGGCUCAGACUAUCAGGGAGUCGAGAACACGCGCAGGUUCCUACUCGAAUGGCUGUCAUUUUCAUGCAGGUAUAUCCCUGUUGGACUGCUUGAACGCCCACCACAGAAGAUAAACGAACGCCCACCUCAGAUCGUUGGCCGAGAUGACUUGGAAACGCUCAUGAGUAGCUACAACUGUGCUGACUGGGUCAAAAUAAGUGAAAUGCUUUUGGGACCAGUUCCAGUGGAAUUUAACUUCCUGCCCAAGCACAAAGCUAGUGCGUUUCCAUGAACAGAUAUAGUUGGUUUUUCUUUCAUCAAAACUGUUACAUUGUAUGACACAAUGGGAUGACAUCACUUGUUUCCAUUAACUUUGUUUCUCAUGUGUUUUUUGUACAUUUGGUUGUAUCUUUCAUCAACAUGUGAAAGUCUGUUAAUGAAAUAUGAAACAUUUUUAAUCAGUCAUUUGUAAUGAAUUAUAUACUUAAAAUAUGUGGUUUGACCUUGUAAAUUUAUUUUUUUAACAGUUUCUCAGUCUGUGUGUUUGAGUAUGAUCAAGAAUAGAGAAAUGAAUUAUAAUAAUGGUCAAACAAGAAUGUUGAAUGAAUUGAGAAUUGCUGAAGAUGGAAACGUGAUCUGUUUAUGGCAAUGAGCCACAUUGUAUGUUGAUCGACAGAAGUUUUAAUUUUUAGUCUACUAUUUAAGUUUACAUAUUAGUAAUUACCAGUACUGUAUUUGAGGAAGUGGUUUGAAGUUGAAACAUGGAUUUAUAGUAGAGGGGGGCCUCCUUUUUCUUUUUACAGAUAAAUUUGUUUGUACAGAAUUAUUAUCUUAUUAUAUCAAGUCCAGGGCUGUAGCUAGGAUUUUUUGUUUUUGGGGUGGGUGGGGGAUGACUGAGUAGUUAAUAGUCUAAAACUCCUUAAACGGUUAAGAAGAACCUUUUCUUUAAGUUUCUCUAAUUUUUUCCGGAUUUUCCCCGCCCCCCACGAGCUACGGCCCAGAACUUCAGUAUGGCAUUUGAAAUGGGUUUUUGCUAGUGGAUUAAAAUUCACUACAUUCUUAAUUUUAAUUGUUCUUUUUACAAUUUUUGUUAUGACACCAUGUAUGAUUAAAACACCAGAUAUAGUUAAUGAUGGUCAUCAUGUACACCCAAUCCAUUUUUUGGGAGGGUUUAAAUUUGGCUGUUUUUAAGAAAAUAUGCAAAAAUUACACAACGUUAACAUUAUUCAUUUAAUUUUUAAUUAAAUUGAGGUAUAAUUAAAAAAAAAAAAAAUUCAUUGUAUAGAGAUUAUUUUGUGAAAUAAUAGCAAAUAUAAUGUAGUGAGAAAAGAAUGAAAAACAACGUUAUAAAUAUUAUUAUAUUUGCUAGUAGUCAUUAUAUAAAGAAGUGUAUAUGUAGAUAAGAUUUUAUUUGGUACUUAGGUAGCAGACAUUUCAUAUCAAAAUAAGUUUGUUUUAUCAGUAACUCACCUUAAACUUAAAAGCCCAGUGGUAAAGCGCUCACUUGAUGUGUGAUCGCUUUGGGAUCAAUCCUUGUCAUUGAGUCCAUUUGGGCUAUUUCUCAUUCUAACCAGUACCCCACGACUGGUAUAUCAAAGACCAUGGUGUGUGUUAUCCUGUCUGUCUGAUGGUGUAUAUAAUAGAUCCUUUGCUACUAAGGGAAAAAUGGAGUUGAUUUCUUCUCUAAGACUAUGUCGGAAUUACCAUAUGUUUGACAUCCAGUGGCCAACAAUUGGUGAAUCAAUGUGCUCUAGUGGUAUCGUUAAACAAAACAAACAAACUUAAAAGUUAUCACUGAUUGUACAUACAAGUUCCUGUUGUACUGUAAUACAGGUUUGACAACCUAUAAUAUCAAGGCUACUUACUGGACUACAGUUUAUCAUAGUUGACAGUAUAAUGCUUUAUCUUUAUCCAAAGUGUAAUCUUGUUUUACAUUCAAUAAAUGUUUUGUUUCUUUUGUAAAUAAAUAUGAAAUUCAUUCAA